GUGGCUGUCCUGGCAGCAGAGGCGGUGGCCCGGCUCCCGGAGGCUGUCGCGGAGCUCCCCCGGGGUCCCCGGGAAGGGGCGAGGGCUCACCGAUGUGCGUGAGGAGGUGCCUGGCGGGCCUCACCUUUUGUACCUGCUACCUGGCUUCUUACCUCACGAACAAGUAUGUCCUGUCUGUCUUGAAAUUUACCUACCCUACAUUAUUCCAAGGGUGGCAGACAUUAAUUGGUGGACUUUUGCUUCAUGUGUCAUGGAAACUGGGCUGGGCCGAGAUCAACAGCAGUUUAAGAUCUGAUGUUUCAACGUGGCUUCCUGCUUCGGUGCUGUUUGUGGGUAUAAUCUAUGCUGGUUCCAGAGCAUUAUCCAAACUGGCCAUUCCUGUGUUUCUCACUUUGCAUAAUGUAGCUGAAGUUAUCCUCUGUGGGCACCAGAAGUGUUUUCGGAAAGAGAAAACUCCUCCUGCAAAGACCUGUAGUACCCUCUUCCUCCUGGCUGCUGCAGGAUGCCUUCCCUUCAACGACCCCCAGUUUGAUCCUGGUGGAUAUUUCUGGGCUGUAAUUCACUUACUCUGCGUAGGGGCUUAUAAGAUAUUACAGAAGGCCCGGAAACCCAACGUGCUAAGCGACAUUGACCAGCAAUACUUAAACUAUAUGUUCAGUGUGGUGCUCCUGGCACUUGCGUCUCAUCCCACAGGUGAUCUCGUCAGCGUCCCGGACUUUCCGUUCCUGUAUUUCUACAGAUUCCAUGGCAGCUGCUGUGCCAGUGGAUUGUUAGGAUUCUUUCUCAUGCUCAGCACAGUGAAGCUGAAAAGCCUUAUGGCCCCAGGGCAGUGUGCAGCCUGGAUUUUCUUUGCUAAGAUUUUAUUUAUUUAUUUGUCAGAAAGAGAGAGAGAGCACCAAGCAGGGGGAGCAGCAGGCAGAGGGAGAGAGAGAAGCAGGUUCCCUGCUGGGACUCGACUCCAGGACCCUGGGAUCAUGACCUGAGCUGAAGGCAGAUGCUUAACUGACUGAGCCACCCAGGCGUCCCAAGAAAUGAGUUUCUUAAUUUAACCUAAUGAAAUAAUCAUUUAAGAUCGUACCUUGAGUCAUCUCUAUGUUUGUUGGUUGAUUUUUUUUCCCAGAAAACAAACCAUUUUUCUUCGAAAUCAACAUUUCACAGUAAUAUUUUCACCUCCAUAGGUCUGCUUUUUACAGCAUUAUUAAUUCUAAUUACAGUAAAAUGUAAAGAGUGGCUGAGAUACUGACUUCCAGCAUGACAGAAUGAGGAGGUUGACAAAUCCUCCUCCCAGAAAGUAACUGGAAAGCUGAAAAAAGAUUGCCAAAAAUAUCCAUUUCAGCUCUCUAAAAAUUGACCAAAGGCAUACAACAAACUGAGAAAGCAAGCACUUGUUCAUGAAUACUGCAGAACUCUGGGUAGGAGCAACGUGAGCCUGUGGCGGUCUUCCCUAAGGUCGCUCUCAUUCCCUCCUCUUCGGCUCUGUCAGUGUGAUAUCUCAACCAGAGCAGGGCAGGCUGUGAAAACCAGCAGCCUUGCUGCUGCUUCCAGAAUACUCUAUUUGGAGUAUUUUUAGUUAAAAUGGCCAUGUCAGUAGUAAAUCGGUAAGAAGAGCCAAUAACUCCACUAUCUUGAGUUUCCAGUCCUCUUUGGGGCAAGCAAUGGACCAGUGGUCUAGCUGAGCACUUAAUAGGUAGUUCGGGGAGGUGAGACAGCAAGCAGGGGCUUGAUAGCUCUCCAUCUGUCCCAGAUUGACCGUAGUCUGUGUGCACGAGCGGCAGAGAUGGAGUGUGCCCAAAACACCCACAUGUCCCUGGCCAGCAGAGCCUGCAUGCACACACAGGAGAUGGGAGAGAGCCAGCAAAAGCUGGGGCAGGCAUGAAAAACUUCAGCCUGAAGUUUGAGUGUGCUCCCCAGCCCACACACAGAAGCAGAGAGAAGAAGCCUUUCUGGCUGAAGGUGUUUGAACAAAACCUCUGACUAGUCUUUGCUAAAACACUAAGCUAUGCAGAGAUGGAGAUGACUUCUAGAGAGCCAGAAAAAGCUUAAAAAUAAAAAGUAGAAAAAAAAAACCUGAGUAAAGGACAUCAGCAACUGUACCUUAUAUGGGAGACUAAUUUCAUAGACUUAGUCCAGGCAAAUUACUAAACAAGCAAAACAGCAAUACCAACAACAGUGCUCUGGAAAAGUCAGAAUCCAAAGUUGCUAUGCUAUAUUAUCUAAAAUGUCCAAUAUUCAACAACAAAAAAGGUAGGGGCAUCCAAAGAAACCAGAAAGCAUGAUCCAUACACAGGAAAAAAGCAGUUAAUAGGAGCUAUGUCUGAGUGUCCUCCGAUAUAGGACUUAGUGGAAGAAGACUGCAAAGCAGCUAUUUAAAUACACUUAGAGAUCUAAAGGAAACCAGGUUUAAAGAAUUAAAAACUCAGUGAAUACAGAAUCUCAAUAAAGAGAUAGAGAUGAUUAAAAAAAAAGAGACCCAAGUGGAAAUUCCAUAAUUGGAAAAUACAAUGACCGAAAUGAGAUGAAAUGAAAAAUUCCCUAGAGGUACUCAACAACAGAUAUAAAUGGCAGAAGGAAAAAUAAGUGAACUGGAAGGUGGAACAAAAGCGAGUAUUCAAUCUAAAGAGCAAAGAUUUUUUAAUAACUGAAGAAUUAUGAACAGAGGCUUAGAGACCUGUGACACAACAUCAAGCAUAUCAACAUAUGUGUUAUGAGAGUUCCAGAGGAAGAGGAAAGUGGUGUAGAAAAAAAUACAAUCAAUGGAUGACUUAUCAAAAACAAUGGAAACCAGAAGGCAAUAGGAUAACAUAUCCAACAUACUGAAAGAAAAAUCUGUCAACCAGGAAGUCUACAUACAGCAAAACUGUCCUUCAGACGUGAAGGAGAAAUAAAGACAUUCCCAAAUGAAGAUUAAGAGAUUUAUUGCAAGCCUCUAUAUCAAUCAUUAUAUUACAUGUGAAUAGACUAAACAUCCCACUCAAAAAGCAAAGAUUGUCAGACUGGAUAAAAAAGCAAGACGCAUCUAUAUGCUGUCUACAAAGGACACACCUUAGAUACAAAGACAUAAAUAGGAUGAACGUAAAAGGAUGGAAAAAUGUCACCAUGCAAACAGUAGCUUAUUAGCGAGCUAGCUAGAGUGACUAUAUUAAAAUCAGACAGGGGCGCCUGGAUGGCUCAGACAGUUAAGCGUCUGCCUUCAGCUCAGGUCAUGAUCCCAGGGUCCUGGGAUCAAGCCCCACUUUGGGCUCCCUGCUGAGCAGGGAGCCUGCUUCUCCCUCUCCCUCUGCCUGCCACUCCCCCUGCUUGUACUCUCUCUCUCUCUCCCUCUCUGUCAAAUAAAUAAAAUCUUAAAAAAAUAAAAUCAGACAAAAUAGACUUUAUGACAGGAAAUAUUGCUAGGGAAAAACAAAGACAUUUGUUAAUGAUAAAAGGAUUGGUACACUAGAAAGAUAUGACAGUUAUAAAUGUAUAUGCACCUAACAACAGUACCCCAAAAUGUAUGAAGCAAAAAGUGACAGAAUAGAAAGGAGAAAUAAAUUAUUCAACAAUAAUAGAGAUGCCAAUCCUACACUCUCAAAGUUGAUAGAACAACUAGAUGGAAAAACAAGGAUAUAAAAGGUAUAGAUGACUUGAACAAUACUAUCAACCAACUUGUCAUAACGGACAUAUGAUACUCCACCCACUGACUGCAGAAAACACAUUCUUCUCAAAUACACAUGAAACAUUCUUCAGGAUAGAUGUUGUGCUGGGUCACAAAACAAGUCUCAGUAAAUUUAAAAAGAUUGAAAUCAUGUAAACUAUGUUCUUUGGUCACAGAAUUAUAUUAGAAAUUUACAACAGAAAAAAAGUCUAGGAAAAAAACCAUUUAUUUGGAAAUUAAAUAACAUACCUCUAAAUAGUGCACGGGGCAAAGAAGACAUCACAAGGGAAAAUAAAAGUAUUUUGAACCAAAUGAAAACAAAACCACACAAUAUGUCAGAAUUUAUGGGAUGCAGUUAAAGUAGUGCUCAGAGGGAAAUUUAUAGCUAUAAACACCCAUAUCAGAAAAAAGAAAGGUCUCAAAUCAUAAUCUGAGCUUCUACCUUAAGAAACUAGAGAAAGAGCAAAUUAAAUCCAUAGUAAGCAGAAGGAAGGAUAUGAUAAACUUAAAAGUGGAAAUUAAUAAAAUUCAAAACAAAAAUAAUAAGGAAAAUCAUUGUUGGUUUCCUGAAAACACCAACAAAAUUGACAAACCUCUAGCCAGAAUGACUAAGAAAAUAAGAAAGAAGACACAGCUUAUCAAAAUUAGAAAUGAAAUGAAGGACAUCACUACUGAUUCUAUAGAAACUAAGAGGAUUAUAUAUUAUGAAUAACUUUCUUCAUUUAUAUUAUGCCAGCAAAUUAGACAAUUUAGAGGAAAUGGACAAAGUCCCAGAAAGGUACAAAUUAGGAAAAUUGAAGAAUAAAUAGAAAAUCUGAAUAAACUUCUCUAACAAGUAAAUAAAUGUAAGUAGUAAUUAAAAAUCUUUCCACAAAGAAAAACUCAGGCUCAAUGGGCUUUACUGAUGAAUUCUGUCAAAUACUUUUAUUUUUAUUUUAUUUUAUUUUUAAAUUUUUAUGUUUUUUUCUUGUUCUUUUUUUUUUUUUUAAUAUUUUAUUUAUUUGUUUGCCAGAGAGAGAGGGAGAGCAAGAGAGAGCACAAGUGGGGGAAUGACAGGCAGAGGGAGAAGCAGACUCCCUGUUGAUCAGGGAGCCCCAUGUGGGACUCAGUCCCUGGACCCUGGGAUCGUGACCUGAGCCAAAGGCAGACGCUUAACCGACUGAGCCACCCAGGAGUCCCUCUAUCAAAUAUUUUUAAAUGAAAUAUUUUUUCUUUACAAAUUCUUUUAGAAAGCAGAGGAAAGGGAAUAACACCCAAUUUAUUCUAUGAGGUGAGUUACCUGGAUACUAAAACCAGACAAAAGAAAAUCAUAAGAAACCUACAGAUCAAUAUUUUUCAUGAACACAGAUCUUUAGCAAAAUAGUAGCAAACCAAAUAUGGCAGCAUAUAAAAAGAAUUUUAUAGCAUGAUCAAGUGAUAUUUAUCAGGAAUACAAAGUUGGUUUAACAAAUGAAAAUUAAUAUAAUACAUUAUAUUUAUAGAAUAAAGAACAAAAAAUGCAGCCACGUCAAUAGGUGCAGAAAAAUCAUUUGAUUAAAUCCAAUGUCCAUUCAUGAUAGAAAUUCUCAACACACUAGUAAUAGAAGGGAAUCUUCUUAACCUGAUAAAAGGCAUAUGUGAAAAACCUAUAGUUAACAUUAUGCCAAAUGGUGAAAGACUUUCCCUCUAAGAUUGGGAACAACAUAAGAAUGUUUGUGCUCACCACUUCUAUUGGGCAGUGUAGUAUGGCCAAAAAAAAAAAGGCAUCCAGAUCAGAAAGAAAGAAAUUAAAUUGUGUGGGUGCCUGGGUGGCUCAGUUGGUUAAGCAACUGCCUUCGGCUCAGGUCAUGAUCCCGGAGUCCUGGGAUCGAGUCCCACAUCGGGCUCCCGGCUCAGCGGGGAGCCUGCUUCUCCCUCUGACCCUCUCCCCUCUCAUGCUGUUUCUCUGUCUCUCUCUUUCUCUCAAAUAAAUAAAUAAAUAAAAUCUUUCAAAAAAAAAAAAGAAAUUAAAUUGUCUGUAUUCACAGAUGACAUUCUCCUAUAUGUAGAAAAUCCUAAGAAAUCUAUAAAAACAUUAAUUGAACUAAUAAACAAUUUAUCAAGGUCUCACGAUACAAAACCAAUGUACAAAAAUCAAUUGUAGUUUUAUGUAUUAGUAACAGUCAUGUUCAUAAAAAUGAAAUUAGGAAAACAAGUCCAUUCAUAAUAGCAUUACAAAAAAUAUGUAGGAACUUAACAAAGAGGUUCAGACUGAAAACUGUAAAAUCUCUCUAAGAGAAAUUUAAGAAGAUCUCAAUAAAUGGAGAGACUCAAUGUUGUUAAGAUGGAAAUUUUUCCUAAGUCGAUCCAUAGAUUCAACAUAAUCCCUGUCAGAAUCCCAGCAAACGCUUUUGUACGGAUUCACAAACUGAUCCUAAAGUGUAUUUGGAAAUUCAAUAGCCAAAAUAGUUUUGAAAAAGAAGAAGUUGGGGUUGAAAACUCACUAUAAAGCUAGAAUCAUCCAGACAUUAUGGUGUUGGCAUAAGGAGAGGCAUUUAUGGUCUGUUGACUUUCGAGAUAGGUGCCAAGGCAAUUGAACAGGGAAAGGAUUUUCUUUACAACACACGGUGCUGGAACAAUCAAAUAUCUAUAAGCCAAAAAAAAAGGCUUAGCCCCUCAUCUCACAUCACCAACUCAAUAUGGAUUGUGAACCUAAAUGUAGGCACUAAAACUGGAAAACUUAGAAGAAAACAUGAGAAGAAAUCUAACUGACCUUGGUUUAAGCAAAGAGUUCUUAGAUAUGACACCAAAAGCAUAAGAUAUAAAGUAAUUGAUAAAUUAGACUUCAUUUAAAUUAAAAUAUUUUGCAAUUCAAAUUAAUGGUCAAAAGACACUGUUAAGAAAGUGAAAAGCCACAGCCUAGGAGAAAAGAUUUGCAGAUUAUAUAUCUGAUUAAGGACUUGUUUCUAAAAUGUCUUAAGAAUUCUUACACUUUAAUGAGACUACAUACAACCCAAUUAAAAGAUGGUCAGGGACACCUGGGUGGCACAUUUGGUUAGGCAUCCGACUCUUGGUUUCAGCUCAGGUUGUGAUCUCAGGGUCAUGAGAUCGAGCCCCUCAUCAGGCGCCCUGCUCAUCUUGGAGUCUGCUUAAGACCCUGUCCCCCUGCACAUACCCUACCUUCCUGGCAUCUGGCCCAAUAAACAUUAGUGGCUGAAAAAAAAAACAAAACUCUGUCCCCCUCUCCCUCUGCCCCUCUUCCCUGCUCUCUCUCUCUCUCUCUCUCUCUCUCUCUCUCAAAUAAAUAAAUCUUUUUUAAAAAAUAAAAAAAAAUGGUCAGAAGAUGUGAAUACAUAUAUAUGUAUAUAAUGGAAUAUUACUCAGCCAUAAAAAAGAAUGAUGCCACUUGCAACAAUGUGGAUGGAGCUAGAGAGUAUAAUAAAAAGAGGAAGACAGAGACAAUAUGAUUUCACACAUAUAUGAAAUGUAAGAAACAAAACAAAUGAGGAAAGGGGAAAAUAGAGAGGCAAACCAAGAAACAGACUCUUAACUAUAGAGAACAAACUGAUGGUUACUAGGGGCGAGGUGAGAGGGGGAUGUGUGAACUAGGUGAUGGGGAUUAAGGAGGGCACUUGUUGUGAUGAGCACCAGAUGAUUUAUGCAAGUGUUGAAUCAUUAUAUUGUACACCUGAAACUAAUAUUACACUGUACGGUAGGUAACUAAUUGGAAUCUAAAUAAAAGCUUAAAUUUUAAAAAAGGAAAAAAGAUGUGAAUAGACAUUUCACCAAAGGAGAUAUAUGAAUGGUUCAUAAAGUCCAUUAAAAGGAACUCAAUGUCAUUAGUCAUUAGGAAAAUGCAGAUUAAAACCAUGAUGAGAUACCACUACACACUCACUGGGAUGGCUAUAAUAAAAAAAAUACAGAUGAUAUCAAGUGCUGACGAGGAUGUGGGGAAACUGGGACCCUCACAAAUUACUGGUAGGAAUGUAAAAUGGUUUAGCCACUUUACAAAACUGUCUUGAUAGUUUCUUACAAUGUUAAACAUAAACUGACUAUACAACCCAGCAAUUCUGUUCCUAGAAAUCUACCCAAGAGAAAUGAAAACAAAAAGACUUUAACAUGAACACUCAGAGUAGCAUUCUUCAUAGUAGCCCCAAACUGCACACAAUCGAAAUGUCUAUCAGCUGGUGAAUGUGUAAAUGAGAUGUGCCGUGCACAUACAAUGAGAUACUAUUUGGUAAUAAAGAGGGAUGGGCUACUAAUACAUUGCUAUGCCACGGAUGAAUCUCAAAAACAUUACGCUUGGUGAAAUAAGCCGGUUGCAAAAUAAUACAUAUAGUAUGAUGCCAUUUCUGUGAAAUUUCCAAAAAAGGCAAAUGUAGAGAGACAGAAAGGGUAGUGAUGGUUUCUUGGAGCAGAGACUGACUAAAAUAGGCUCAAGGAAGUUUUUUUUUAGGUAAUGGAAAUGUUCUAAAACCGGGUUGUAGUGAUGGUUGCACCAUCACUUAAAUUAAUUUCUUAAAUGUGUUCAUUAAAAAUCACUGAAUUUUACAUUUACAGUGGGUGGAUUUUAUGGCAUGUGAACCAUCCCUCAAAGCUACAAAGUGCUCAAAGAAUAGUGUUUAAAUCUUGUCUUUCAGGACUAGGGAGGAUAUUUCUCCUCUGUGUGUGGCUUUGCCUGUUUGACCACUACUUUCAUGAGCCUCCUUUUUAUUUAUUUUGUUUUUUCUUUUCCUCUUAAACUCGGAGGGAGGUUUAUAAUUUCCUUCUCUGUAGUUGAUUCAAAAGUGGAAGGAUUUUUUUUUUUAAAGAUUUUAUUUAUUUGAGAGAGAGAGAAUGAGAGACAGAGAGCACGAGAGGGAAGAGGGUCAGAGGGAGAAGCAGACUCCCCGCUGAGCAGGGAGCCCGAUGCGGGACUCGAUCCCGGGACUCCAGGAUCAUGACCUGAGCCGAAGGCAGUCGCUCAACCAACUGAGCCACCCAGGCGCCCAAAAGUGGAAGGAUUUUUAAUUGGCUGCUGUGGUUUAAUGCUAAUCCUCCUUAAAUGUGGAAGAUUGGAUUAGAUGAGCCACUAAGGUCUUUUCCAGCCUCAAUACAUGAAGCAGUCGUUCUCUUUUUCUCCCUCCCCUCUUCUCCUUUUUCUUUUCUGUUUGAAAAUAAGCUCUGUUAUCCUCAGUGGCAGAACAUUUACCCAUUCUUUGGGCCACCUACACAUCAAAAUGUGCUGACAUUUGAAAUACAACAUAAUUGUACUUAGCAAUACAACAUUUCCCCAUGACGUCAUUGUGACUCUACUGAGUGCCAGCAUAUUCGGAAAGUGACUCAGAAGGAUGUUCCAUUGGCCCCAGAGGAGAAUUUGGAUUCUGUGGAAAAACUCAAAGAUACUCAGAAAGGGAUGUCAUUCAGAAGGGGCUAAGGGUACCUUCUUCCUUGCUCCAGAUGGAUCCAUUCUCUGGUAUUUUCCUGGGAGUUGUCACAUGAACUUCAUCACUUCCAAGGCAUCCAGGCUUCUCUCCAGUCCUUAUCUUAGUAUCUUCUUUAGGUCUGAGAAAGCUCAGCGUGGGAAAAAAGUGCCUCUGAGUCACUUUAUAUUGUUACCACUGUUGUUAUUGUUUUUUUUUUUAAUCUGUGAAUUUAAGAAACAUUCUAAAAAGCUAAAAAUAACAGAAUAUUUAACAACUUUUUAUAUUCCUCCCUUCAGUUUGAUAAAUUCGGGUGUGUGAAAUCUAACUUCAUCUUCAUAAAAUCUUGGAAUCCCUUCCCACUUGUGAAGCAUUGGUACAAGAAAAAGUGAAUGAAUUUAAGAGGAAAGCAUUGAAAUGUGUACACAUAUAAGGAAGAUGUGGUAUGCUAAUGGGUUUUUCUAGCAGAUUUAAGUUCUUGUAUGAGAAUUUUUUCUUGAUCAAAUAGUGCCUUGUCUCAUCCUUGUUAACUUCAAACUGACUGGUGUUGUCAGCAUCCAUCAGGAAGAAGCAGUUGAGGCCAGUGUGAGUUUAUGUUGAGGAUGAGCCAGGAGAGGAGAGGCAUUCCCAGACAGCAGCUCUGGCCCUCUAGGGUCCUUAGAAUCAGUGUUUGCUCCCCAUUUCAAAGCUGCCUCCAUAAGAAUGCUUUUUUUCCUUUAAGCUAAUGCCAUAGUUGCUGCCGCCAUCUUGUCCUGAGUCGGUGGUAGACCAGCAAGCCAAGUCUUACUUAGUCUGUUCUCCUUAUGGCCCUGGGAAAGAUUUUUCUAUAGCUUACCUAGGAUGUGUCUCUUGAUUUGGUUUAGUUUUUUGAUUGAUAGAAUCUCAGCUUUCAUGUGCAUGGGCUGGGAUGAGGGUGGCCCUCACUCUCAGGGCCAUGCAGAGUGGGGUCAGCACCAGAGCAUAACAUGCACCUCCUUACCUGUUGCAUCCUAGGUGCCUUGCUUGCCUCCCCCGGUCCCUUCCCUGACACUGUCAUGAUUUACUGCCUGCCUGAAACAGCUAUUAAUUCCAUGGGAUUUUAAGUUACACUAGAUUCUUAGAGUUUGGGUGGUAUUGUUUUUUAAGAUUUUAUUUUUAAGCAGUCUCUACACCUAACAUGGGGCUCGAACCCACAACCCUGAGAUUAAGAGUCACAUGCUCCACCAACGGAGCCAGCCAGGUGCUCCUAAAUGGAAAACUUCUUUUUUUUUUUUUUUAAAGUAAUCUCCACACCCAACGUCAGACUCGAACUCAGAGAACCCUGAGAUCAGGGUUCAAGAUCAAGAUCUUGAAUUGCAUUCUCUACUGACUGAGCCAGCCACGUGCCCCCCUGGGUGGUAUGAAGAGUGCCUUAUAUCAAAGUGCAUGGUCUCUCUUUGAAUGGCCUUCUCAGAAAUGUCAGUCAGUCAACAUCGAUUAGGGAAACUUUUGGAGUCUGGGGUGGUAGAAGUGCAUUAGUGUAUGUGUAGUGCUUGCCAAAGGCAUCUUAUAAUCCAGAGGAGGAGGUAAGAGUGACAAGGGUGAGACUAUUAGAGGACAUUGCUGAGCAGGGUGGUAUGACUUCAGGAGCUGGGAAGAGGGAACCUGUGAGUGGGCUGAUGAAGUGGAGAGACCGAACUGGCCCCUGCAAGCCCGUCUUGCCUGGGAGAAGGGAAGAUGGACGGACGGGCUUCCAGGUUGAGUGGCAGGCGCUCUGAGGUGGGAUGUGCAGUUGGGGAACCGUGAGGAAACAAAUUUGACCAGAGGAGGAGAAGAGUGUGAAGGUGUGAGGGGGAAAUUCUGGGCCCAGAAGAGACAGAUGAGGAAGCCCUAAAAGCCAUGCCCCCAGAGACCACUGUGAACUUCUGAAUGAGACCGGCUAAUGGCAAAUCGCGUUGGAAAUGAGUUCCAAGCAUUUAGAAGGGAGGCGAAUCAAGGUAGUGAGUGAUGGCAGUAAGGGUGAAAGGUCAACUUGACUGAUCGUCUGAAGCAAAAUAAAUUGUAAUCAUUUAAUCUAUCAUAUAAGUGUUGUGUGAUGUGUAAUUAGUUAGAUAACAAAGGAAUUAGAUACCAAAUUAGAUAACAAAGACUCAGAUCUGUUAAAGCAGUAAGGUAUGUGUGACAAUUGUCUGGGUCUAAGGAAGAUCACAAAUGGCUCCAAGGUUUGUGGCUCGGACAUGAGAAAUCCAUGGCAUCACAGACAGAAAUGGGGGGAGGGGGGCGGGUUAUGAAAGAACAAUGUUGGGGAGGAAAGCUGGUGAAAUAUGUUUUAGAUGUGUAUGGUGAGAAAAUAUCUAAAUGGAGCUGUUUUGUGUUGGAAACAUGGGGGGAAACGCAGGGGAGAACUCAGGGCUUCACGUGUCUGUUUGGGCUUCACUUAGAGCAGUGGAGUUGACAUCAAGAGCAUAAAGAAGUAGAUGAGCUCACUGAGGGAGUGAGAGGGUUUGGGCGGAGCAGAGCGAAGGGCUAGGGCUUCACUUGGGAGACACUUAGAUGCCAGAGAUCAAUAAUGUGCAGGAGAGAGAAGUGAUAGCUGAGGGGAGCCCCAAAAGCUCCGUGUGGGGAAGCCUAAGGAAGAGUUGAAAGGAGUAAAACAAAAUGCCACCAAGAAGUCAGAAAGAUCCAGAUUGAGAAAAGACUAGAGCAAGGACUUCGCUAGCCUUGGGGGAAACAGCUUU